GGAAGGCUGCAAACAUCAGCACACACACACAACCAACAUAUACGGAACAAUCACUACAAUUUCACCCCGUGGGACACUUCCUCUCUCUCUCUACACACACAGAACAAUUCUUGACCCUUUACCACGUCUAUACUGUACAAAUCGUUUCCCUUCGUCCAUGCUCCGCCUCGGUUCCACUCGUCUUUGCAAGUCUUCUUUUUCCACCGCUGCCCUCUUUGUCCUCUUCCCCUUUCCUUCGUUAUCGUACCGUAACCGUAUCUGGCUUGCAAUCCCCCUCUCCUUCUCCUGGUUCCCUCCCCUUAUGUCUUGGCAUUUGUACUCUAGUCUUGCCUUUCUUCUUUCCCCUUCUUCUUAUUUCUAUGCUCAUUCUUCCUCUCUAUCGUCCCGCGAAGUUGCCACGACAACGGCCAAUUGUCCAGCCAGAAAUAUACAAGUACACAAUGACGACUCUGCUCGCCUCUUCUCUGAACUGCUCUGCUCUGAACCGCACACGUCUCGCAUUACUGCAUUGCUGCGUUGCUGUGUGCCUGCUCCCACUCGUCUCGUCAAGGCGGGCAACGUUGUUUGUCCCGCCAGCCAGGCUCGCCCGCCUUGCUGCUCUCUUGCUGCAUUGUGCGGCGUCUGAACAUAGACAAGAUCGAUUCUUGGACCGCAGGCGCCAGGAGUCUUGUCUGGGGCAAUCAAAUCAGUGAGUCAGGCAGGCAGGAGGGCAACGAAACGGCGAGGAGAAAGAGUGUCAUAAGAUC